GGUCAAUAAGAGAGAAUAGCCCCUGAGGAUCUCAGGGUAUAAAUAUAAUGGACUGGACAGAGGAUCAGUCCAUACACACCAACGCGCGCACACAGCUCCACUGACCAGAACUCUGGGAUUAAGACACAACCCACACACCAUGUCUCAGCCCGUUGAGGUGAAGAAGAAGAAGCGUCCUGUGAUGAAGGAGGAGGACUUGAAAGGAGCCCGCAGCAAACUGGGGCUAAAGGGCGAGCCCAAGAGUAAGACCUAUGAGGUCAUGGUAGAGUGUGAGCGUAUGGGAAAGGUGGCUCCCUCAGUGUUCAGUGGGGUGAAGUCUGGAGGAGAGACUGUACUGGAGAAGCCUAAAGCCCCAGGAGCCAGCAUCUUUGGCAAGUAGAGCCGUCCAGUGUGGAGUGUUGGCGCUCAUCACUGCGCUAGAGUCUAGAGGAGAGACGGGACAGACGCAUCAAUGGACAAACGGCAAUGAAGAAGCCAAACCUUGCUUGUUAUUGAAUGGUUUGAUACCCGUGUUUCCAUUUUCAGCACGGAAAUAGGCCCAUCUCAUUUUGAGCAGGUUGUUCAUAGUAGGGUUUGUUCAUUACUGUAUGAUGACUGUUUAUGAUUGAUUGAGAAUGAAGGGAAAUUCCAGCAUCAUGGAUGUGAUAUUGGCACACACAAUGAAAAACCAAAUGUUUCACAGAGUUGACUUAUCAGGUAGAAAUGAAAGUGCUAUCAUGAUUGCCUUACGCAGCAAUGCUGACUGAUCCUGUUAUGAUGAUGUUAUGACGUGUCUGUAACGUUCUAAGCGUAACGAAUGUGACCAAGUACCUACAGAGAGGAAGGAAACCAAUUAUACAUCACAUAAGCCCUUGAUGAAGUUGGCUUUGCACAGAAAGUUUGUGUAAAAUCAUACUCAAAACAUGUCCACAGUAACAACCUUUCCUCAAAAAUAUUAGUUGUGACACUUCCUGUCCAAAUCCGCAUUCUAUCUUCACUAGACUGUAGAAUUCUAUACUAGUAAUCAAAGGACAAAAAUGUGUUUCAUUAACCUUCCGGCUUGGUCAGAAACAGAGGGACAGAUGUUAGUACCAAAACAAGUUCUGUGAGCCAUUACCAAAAGCUAUGAAAUAUAUGGUUGACUGAAAAUACUUAUUUUGAGACUUUGUAGCCUACUUUGUAGUAACAUUAAAUUUGGCAAAUAUAAAGGCCAAAUGUAGUCUUUACUUCAAAAUACACACAUUCAAAUAGAAGUUUAUUGGUCAUAUAUUUUGCAGAUGUUAUUGGGGGUGUAACGAAAAUAUGGUAAAUAUUUUCUCUAAAUAUGAAAGCUUAAUUAGGAAAUAAGCUAGUUUUUCAUGUUCGUGUUGACCUUACUAUGAAGUUGCUCAAAUUGUAAAUGCUGAAAUAUUUGUCUUAUGUUUUUAUAAACAAAUUAAUGACUUCCCUA